AUGGCGGUCGCGGCGACGCGCCAAUUCAACCGGCUGGUGGACGACGCGAGCGACCCGCGCGUGCUGAUCCAGGACGCGAUCCACGCCCAGGUGGCGGCGACGCCGGACCGGGUCGCCGCCGAGUUCCUGGGCGACGGCCGGUCGCUGACCUACGCGGCGCUCGCGGGCGAGGCGGCGGCGCUCGCGGCGCGGCUCUUCGCCCUGGGCGCGGGCGGGCGCGACGCGCUGGUCGCGCUCCAGGUGGUCAAGAGCGUGGAGAUGGUCGCGGCGAUCCUGGGCGUCCUCGACGCGGGCGCGGCGUACCUGCCGCUCGACCCGACGUGGCCCGCGGCGCGGCGCCUCUUCGUCUGCGACGACGCGGCCUGCGGGGCGCUCGUGGUCAACGGCGACGCGGCGGACGACGACGAGGCCGCCGCCGCGUUCGAAUCGCGCGGCCGCCUCGUCGCGCUGGCCGUCGGCGCGGCCGCCGCGGGCCGCGUCGGCGCGGCCGCCGCGGGCCGCGUCGCGUCUGCGCCGCGCGACAGCGACGCGGACCGCGCGCUGUGCUACGUCAUCUACACGAGCGGGUCCACGGGCGCGCCCAAGGGCGUCAUGAUCGAGCACGCGUCCCUGCGCUGUUUGAUGCGGCACGCGGAGGCGCCGUACCGCAGAGUCCUCGGCGCGUACGAGUCCCGCGCGCCCGAGCGGUGCGCGAUCGCCUUCAACUACGUCUUCGACGCCUUCCAGCAGUCCUACUUCUUCACGUUGGGGCUCUACGGGGGCACGUGCGUCCUCGUCCGCGACGGGCUCGCGCUCCUCGACGUCGGCGACGACCAGGGCAGCACAAGAGAGCGAAAUUCCCAACUUCAAAGGCUCCGAUCUCGGCCAGUUUCCACUUGCGACGACGCGCGCGUGACGCUCCUCUACGACGUCGCGUCGGUCCUCGCGCUCUACGAACGCAUGCCGGCCUCGGUCAAGCUCGUCCAGCAGGGCGGCGAGGCCAUGACCCUCGGGGUCGUGCGGCACGCGGCGACCAAGGUCCUCUGGAACUGGUACGGGCCGACGGAGGCGACGAUCAACGCGACGCGCCGCGACGUGCCGCUCGGCCUCCGCGGCGCCGCGCUCCGCCUCGACUCGCUGGGCAGGCCCCUGCCGAACGUGCCGUGCUACGUCGUCGACCCGGACGACGGCGCGCUCCUCGGCGCGGGCCCCUACGGCGAGCUGUGGGUCGGCGGCGUCCAGGCCGCGCGCGGCUACCUGAACCGGCCCGAGCUGACCGCGGACCGCUUCGUCGACGACCCCUUCCUCCAGCAGGUGCCGGGCGCCUACGUCGGCGCGCCGCGGAGGGCGUACCGGACCGGCGACCGCGUCCGGUGGCUCGGCGACGGCGAGCUCGAGUUCGGCGGCCGGCUCGACUUCCAGGUGAAGCUCCGCGGCCGCCGCAUCGAGCUCGGCGAGAUCGAGCACGCGUGCCGCGACGUCGACGGCGUCCUGGACGCGUGCGUCCUGCUGCGGACGGACGUCGGCGGCGAGCCGCGCCUCGUCGGCUACGUCUGCCCGUCCGCGCGGGCGCCGGCCGUCGCGGCGGCGCUCGAGGCGUCGUCGCUGCCGGCCUACAUGGUCCCCGCGGAUGUCGUCGGCGUCGACGCGUGGCCGCGGACGUCGUCGGGCAAGAUCGACCGGAGGCGGCUCGCGCCGCCCGCGCGCGGCGGCGCGCGCGGCGCGAGCGGCGCCGACGCGCUGCUCGACGCUGUCGGCCGCGCCUUCCGCGACGAGCUCAGGCGCGGCGACGUCCCCUGCGACGCGCCGUUCUUCGCGCUCGGCGGAAGUUCGCUCGGCGCCGUCCGCGUGCGGUCGCGGCUCGCGCCAGGGCAGGACAAGGGUGAUUCAACGCUCGCGCGCGACCUGUCCGCGGCGGUGCCCGCGGAUUUCCUGUUCCGGCACCCCUCCGUCGCCGAGGCCGCCGACGCGCUGCGGUCCGCGGCGCCGCGGCGCCGGACGGGCGCGGCCGCGCGCAACGCGGCCGCCGCGCGGCGCUACCUCCGCGAGUCGCUCGAGUGGCUCGCGACGCUCGACGCGGCCGAGACCGCCUUCGUGCGCGCCGGCGCGACGGCGCACGCGACGGCGAUCCUGGGCUGGGGCGCGCGCGCGGGCCCGCGGACGCGAUUCGGCGCCGGGUGCCGCGUCGGCCCCGGCGCGCUCGUCGGCCACGACACGUCGAUCGGCGCCGACGCGGUCGUCGGCGCCAACUGCUGCUUCGGCGGCAACGUCGUCGUGGAGCCGGGGGCCGUGGUCGAGGACGGCUGCGCGUUCAAGCCGGGCGUCCGCGUCGGAAGCCGCGCGGUCGUCCGCGCGGGCGCGGCGGUCGUCGCGGACGUCGACGCCGGGACGGUCGUCGCCGGCGCGCCCGCGCGGCCCCUCGCCGACGCGCGCGCCGACGACGACGUCGAGGACGUCGCGGCGGUCGUCGACGCGGCGUGCGCGGAGAUGGGCGCGUGGCGGCGCGAGCGCGCGCGCGGCUGGGCGCCCGGCGGCUUCCUCCGACCCGACGACGGCCGCGCCUUCGUCAUGGUCUGCGCCGGCGGCCACUGCGCGACGCUCGUCGGCGAGCUCCGCGACCAGGCGCGCGAGCCGUCGGCCGUCUACGACGACGACGCGCGCCGCCACGGCGGCCGCGUCCUGGGCGUGCCCGUCGCCGGGCCCCUCGCCGACGCGCCCGCGGACGCCGCGUGGGUCCUGGCGCUCGGCCAGAACGAGGCGCGCCGGGCGGUCGUCGCGCGGCACCCGCGCGCGGCCUGGGCGACGGUCGUCCACCCGACCGCGCGCGUCCACGGGACCGCGACCGUGGGCCGCGGCGUCAACGUCGAGCCCUGCGCCGUCGUCGGCGCGGGCGCGCGCCUCGGCGACUUCGCGCUCGUCGGCGCGCGCGCGGUCGUCGGCGAGCGCGCGGCCGUCGGCGACUACGCGUUCGUGGGAGGCGCGUCCGUCGUCGGCGCCGGGGCCACGGUCGGCGACGGCGCCGUCGUGGGCAUGGGCGCGGCCCUCCUCCCCGGCGCGAGCCUCGGCGCGGCCGCGACCGUCGCCGUCGGCUCGCUCGUCCGCGGCGCGGUCCCCGCGGGCGCCGCGGCCGCGGGCGUCCCCGCGGCCGCGCUCGGCGCCAUCGCCCGCACCCGGCUCGACUAA